UAAAAAUUUGUAAAGUAGUACCGACGUGUUAUUUUGAAUGUCAUAAGAGUCAAAUUUCCAUAAAUCUCUUCUCUACUUUAGUAUUUACACAUUAUUUAUAUGUUUCCCAUAGCAACAUUAUCUAACGAGUCUAUCAUUUCACUGACGUCUUUACCGUCUCUAUUGUUAUUGUAAACAAACAGUUUAUAUAAAUUAAACGACAGGAAAAGAUAUUUGUAUGUAGGUAUUUUUAUUGCAAUAGCAUAGUGUACCUCAUGGCGAACCUGAAGUUGCCGCAACUCGAUGAAAGAACUGUGUUUGACGUCGUCGAAGAAAAUUUCAAGAGGUUAGAUAUGAAAACCUAUGUAAACCGUGUAAUUUACUGCGGGGAACACACCCUGCCGGUGCCAGAGCUGAUAGACAUUGUGGAGAGGACCGUGAACGACGUGAACGCCUCGUAUUGUGACGUGAACAUACACGGCAUCCUACUCGUGUAUGCCAGCUACUUUGUACAUGUUCUUGAGGGCUCCGAAGACACUCUCCAUAGACAGCUAAGGUUCUUGUUCAAAGAGGAACAGAAGUACAAAGAGCGUCUCGAAGCUACAGAAGAAGAAGAACUAGAGAACGAGGAAGAAGAAGAAGAGGAAGAGGAAGUGGUGGAGGGUCUAGCGGUGCUCGAGGAGCCGGCUGUGCGGGCGCCGCCGGCCGUGUUCAAACGAAUGAAGAUGCUCAUGGUCUACCAUUCUGUGCAGAAGCGGUACUGCUGGUUGUGGCGCGCGGUGGCGGCGGCCCCCCCCGCGCUUGUGACUGGACUGGAGCGGGCGGCGCCCGCGGAUUACCAUAUAGCUCACCUCCGAGUGUGUCUCGCCAAGCUGCAAGCUCUUACGGAGAUGGCUAAUGCGUCUCUAUGGUUGCCAUUCGACGGUGUCAGCGCGACGGACCCCCGUAUGGAGACGCUGCCUGAAGCCGGCCUGCUGGACUUCCUCCUCAGCUCGCCCUAUGUUCUGGACCUGCGGGAGACAUACGCCAUGCACCGGAAAGUCGGCGACUAUAGCUACUAUAAUGAGCUGGUUUGGCCGCUGCCGACCCACUUCACCCCGCGGCACCUCUACAAGUUGAAGGUGGACGACACCUUCGUGGAGCCCCUGCCCGUGAUGCCCUGGGAGCAAGCGGAGGAGGAAGACGAGAGGGAGGACAGGGACAGCGAUAGCGACGAGUCGUAGGAGGGAGGGAGAUAGUGGAAUCGGUUUUGUUGUAAAUUGAGUAUACAUACAUAGCUAUGUAUACUCAAGUGUGUUGCUAUAUAAAGAGGGUGUAGUUCAAAACAAGUUUUGAUCAAAAUUGAGGCCAUUUGGUGUCGGUAUUUUGAAAGUGAAACUUUUUCAUUGCUCGUUAGUGUAGUUUCUUAUAUAGAAAAUAAACGAAUUGAUGGCUUUAUCCAUUUUUUGGGCAUAUAAAAUACGUAGGAAACAUGUACAGUAAGGUGCAGAUAAACCUGACCCCCCUCAGAAGCAUUGUUACUAUGAAAAGGGGGUCAGGUUUCUCUGCACCUGACCGUACUAUCGGAGUUUUUCAUUGUUAUAAAUUAUAGAACUAAUUCAAAUGUUUUUUGAUAAUAUAAUAUUGUUUAUUUUAUAAAACAAAGUCUUGCUUUUUAUGACGUAUACUUUCAUAUUGAUUAGCUACUGCAUGCUACUGCAAAGGAGAUA